AUCUCUCUCAGCAGUGGCAAACCAGUAAACAAGAAAGCUUGGGCGUAGGUCGCAGCUAGGCAGCGAGAAGAGGAGGAUAGCAUCGUCCACCAUGUGGCCGGAGAUGAAGGCGUGGGCCUCCAUGGCCGACGACCCGCUGAAGCGCGCCUCGUCGUCGGCGACGAGCCCGUCCAGCCCCAUGCGCCGCUUCAGCCCCACCACGAUGGCCGUCGGCGGCCUCCUCGCCGUCGGCACCGUCGGCUACUUCAUGUUCAUGGGCAAGGACGACAGGCAGCGCGAGCGCGACAGGCACAACGAGCGCCUGGCUCACCGCACCUGAGAAGCUGUUGCCGUCGCCGGAGUCCUUCGCCGUAGCUUACCAGUAACCACCGCAUGACAAUAAGAUCCCCCCCUUCUGGGUGUUGGUGUACAAAUCCCGUGUGCUCUGCUUCUCUGUACUCUUUUAUCAGUGGAACAUGCAUAGAUUUCACUGAGCA